AUGGCAGGAGGCCCCGAGCAGGCUAAGGCCGGAGACGCUGGAGCUUCGGCGCCUUCUGAUCUCACGGUGGGAUAUAUAAGGGAGGGCCUUGUUAAGGUGGAAGCUCCCCAGGAAGAUGCCAUCUUCUUUAACCCGGCUCAGGUGUUUAACAGGGACCUCUCUGUGCUGGCGUUGAAGGCCUUCGCCGAGAAGCAGAAGGAGCUCCUCCAGCAACGUUCGGCGGCUACGAUGGCGCGUUGCAAGGCCGAGGGCCGCAUGCUGCCGCAGGCUCUUGAGUUUGGGGGCUUUAACAUUGUCGAGCCUCUUGCUGCAACCGGCUUAAGGAGCUUGCGCUACCUCAAAGAGUUGGGGCCAAUCGUGCGCUGCGCUGUGGUUAACGACUUGGAUCGCCAAGCCGCCGCUGCUGCCGAGAAAAAUGCUCGGAUCAACGAAAUCCCGGAAAAUCGCUUCAUGGCAACCUGCGCGGAGGGAAGCAGGCUCUUGCGCCUGCUGAGCCACCCGCCUCUCAGCAUGGGAACUCUGAAGAAAAUCAACAGCCUCCCUGCGGGGGCUGUUGUUCCCGCCUCCUUUGAUAUGACCUGUCCCCCUGAGGACCUCCCCCUCCUGCCUCCUCUCUUCAAGCCCACCGUUGCGGCUGCUGCAAAAAGCGAUGCUGCUGGUGUAGCUAUGGCAGAAACGGCAACCGAAUUGCAAGGCGGCGUUCCGCUGUGGUAUGAUGUGAUCGACGUCGAUCCGUAUGGCAGUUGCUCCCCCUUUCUGGAUGCCGCUGUGGGGGCGGUGCGCAGCGGCGGCCUCUUGUGUGUGACAAGCACUGAUAUGUGCACUUUGGUGGGCAACUCGCUGGAAACCGCUUUCUACAAAUACGGAGGAGCCGCGGCGAAGAUGAGCGCUCACCAUGAAGUUGCUCUCCGUCUAGUGCUGCAAGCCGUGGCUCAAGCAGCUGCAAAGCAUAGAAGGGCCAUACAACCGCUUCUCUGCCUUAGUGUAGACUUCUACGUUCGUCUCUUCGUGCGUGUCGUAGAGUCUCCAGAGCAGUGCAAGCAGCUUCACCAAAAGGAGUCCAUGGUCUUUCAUUGCCCCUCGUGCGAGGCCUUUACCGUCGCACCACUGGGAACCCGAAUGCUGAAGCCGGCGCGGGGGAAGAGGGCGGGGGUGUCGCGCAGUGGAGAGGUAGCACAGCCACCGAAUCACCACCACCUCCCACAGACUGCAGCCGCAGGCGCGUCUGAAGAAGAGAACAAAGCUAUUCACGCUGAAGAACAAGGAGGCUGCAGCCCCAACAAUACCUGCAACAACUUCAAUGACUCGGCUGAAGGAUGUACACCAGAAAGCGGGAGGUUCAAGUACCGAGCGGCCUGGGUGGUGGAAGGUGUGAGUCCCCACUGCGCAGAGUGCGGUGGUAGGAUUCUUAUGGGAGGACCGAUUUAUUCUGGCCGCUACUAUGACCCGGAAUUCGUUGACUUGUGCCUCAAGGAAUUAGGCAACGCCAAGGACACCCUUCCAGGUCUCACAAUGCAGGCCCGCAUUCUUGGGAUGUUGACCGCGUUAAAAGAAGAGCUCCCGGAUGUGCCACUCCACUACCAGCUACCUUCCCUCUGCACACGAAACAAGCUCACAAUGAUAAAACCCUGUGCAUUCAAGGCUGCUUUGCGCCGGCUGGGUUUUAAGGCCUCGCACUUUCAUAGGGACCCGCAAGCGAUCAAAACGGACGCUCCUGCAGGCGUUGUCUUUGAUUUGCUACGGUUUCAUGCUCUACAGCACCCACCCGCAGACAAAGAAAGCCACCCAGUGCUCAUGAAAUCCAUUCGGACUAAUGGUAUCGACCUGUCCCCACCAACUGCUGAGGAGAACGGGGUAACCGCUAAGCAGCAGGUAGCACGGUGGCUACCCAACCCUGAGCCUUACUGGGGCCCUAAAGGCCGCGCUGGAAAAAAACGGAGCCCCAGUCUGUGUGUGUACAGUGUUGCUGGUAGUGUCAGAGCGAACACCCGCGCCACUGCACCAAUGCAAAACAACCCAAGCAAGAGAAUUGCAAAAACUAACGAAUUUAAGCACCUGUAUUCCAAAACGAAGACUGUGCAAGUGCAUUUCGGGGUUGACAAGCUCGCAGCGUUACGAGAAAUGGCAGUGGGAAAGGGCCACUGGACCCCUCUCCAUCCUGCAGCCCAGCAGAACCACUCCCACUCGUCCAUACUCGCCUCUAAUACGCGAAAACAAUUACUAGAAUUAGCUCGCUCACAUUAA